ACAGAGGAACAGAACCACAUUAAACCUACAGAGAGAGAGAGGAGACCACACACACACACACACACACACACACUAUACACACGCGGCCCGGACUGUGUUCCGUCAUGGCGUGCGCGUCUCCCGCAGGUAAAUGCGACCUGUGGACGCUCCCGGAUGAGGAGAACAUCAGAGGAGACCGGAAGAUCAGGAAGCCGCUGGUGGAGAAGAAGCGGCGCGCGCGCAUUAACGAAAGCCUGCAGGAGCUCCGGGGUCUGCUGUCCAACACCGAGCUGCAUGCGAAGAUGGAGAACGCAGAAGUUCUCGAGCUCACGGUGAAGCAGGUGGAGAACAUCCUGCGGGAUCAGACACACGAGACAGAUGGCACGAGUCGCGAAGCCAGUGAGCGCUUCACAGCAGGCUACAUCCAGUGCAUGCACGAGGUCCACACCUUCGUGUCCACGUGCCCCGGCAUCGAUGCCACGGUAGCGGCGGAGCUCCUGAACCACCUGCUGGAAUGCAUGCCGUUAAACGAGGACCUGCAGGACGUCAUUCUCGACCUCAGCUCUGAGCUUCUGUCUCCAACGGGAGCGUGGCCACGCGUCUGCUUACCGGGAGCGCGCAUGCCGGCACUUUCUCCGACCUCUACCAGUGGCGGCGCUGAAGAAGAGCCAAACUCCGAUCUGGAGGAGACCUUCAGCGAGUCAGCUCCGGGAUCUGUGGUGGAGCAGGAGGAGGAGGAACAGGAGGAGGAGCGGAGCACAGCACCAUUCUGUACAGCCAUGUGGAGACCGUGGUAGAGCUGAGAGCGCAGCCGGAAACAUCACACCUGUAAACUGACACACUGAGGGGAAAUCUCCUGGACUAAUUCCUGCAAACAAAAACAAAUAAACAAUUUAUUACAUACUGUAAAGAUCCUGCAGGACAUCAAUCCUUCAUCCACACCUCCGUUCUGAAGAUGUUUCUGAGACCUAUACACAUACUGUAUAUAUACAUUUAUUUAUAAUGAGAGUCAGCUUUGCUAAGGAUUCUGACAGUAAACCACACACACACACACACACACACACACACAC